CAUUUUUUUUUUUUCCUAUCUUUUGCUUCGCUAACUCUCAUCUCCCACACACUCUCUCUGCGUUUGAACAAAUUGAGGAUCAACUAAUCAUGAUCUUCGUUGAUGGAGUUCUACUUUCCACCGAUUCCUCUCAGGGGAGCGAUACCUUAGCAGCUUUAAUGGAACACCCAGUACUGUUGUCUGCUUCACUUGCUUUGAAGGAAAUGCAGGAGAGGAAGUUCUCUAUCUCUGAGUUGGGUUCACAAAGAUCAACACAGACUCAAUUUGUUUACAUCUUCCAAAGAGAAUAUGCAACUGUCGACCCUGCAUUUGUCAAGUUUGUUGGCACUGAUGAAGCAACAACUUGUGUAGGCCUUGUUAUUCGGAACCAGAAAAAUGGAAUGACAUCUGUUGCUCAUCUUGAUUCUCCACGAGUUUUGGAUACUGGCCUUAACCAGAUGUUGUCACUUUUUGAUCAAAGUAUUGAUGUCGACUUGGAUGUGCACCUAAUUGGUGGUUUUGCAGAUGUUUCACUAAAACAUGCUAAUGGCACCACUUGGUCUGAAAGCCAUGCAAAAUUGGAUGGUUAUUCUUUUCCAUUGUGCACCAAAAUAAUUGAAACUUUGGAGAGGAGGCAAGAAAAGUUUCACAUUCGAACUCUCCUUGUUCUUGGCCAUAACACCAAGAGGGAUUCCCUAGGCAAUGCACAUCCGAUCUUCAAUGGUUUCCUGGUUGAAACAUCCACUGGCUCUCUCAUUCCUGCUAGUUUUGAUAGAACUACAAGAUGUCCAGAUGAAAUUGUGAGGAGAAUUCGAGUUAGCGUAUCCUAUGAAGACCCAACUUGGAAUGACAAGCUGCUAGAGACAUAUGAUACUCAAGCUGAUCGAUUUGUGAUUGCUCCAUGUUCUUGGACUCUAUACCAAUUGCAUGUUGCUUUGGCAUUGCGACAUCUUUCAGAUGCAGAGAUCCUACAUACAUGCUCUACUUCACCGUCUGCAGAGGGUCCAGAUUUUGUUGAUAAUGAAAGAAGGAUAUGGGACUACUUGAUUAAACACCCAGACUGGCAAUAUACCUUUCCUAUGAGGCAGCCCCGCAUUUUUGAAAGGACUGCUGAUGGAGGCUGGAAGAGGCUUUUACUCUCACCUGAUGACUUUUCGCCAUGAACCUCUAGCUGAAACUUCAUUAUAGAUGACUGGAAAUUCAUUGAAGAAUUUGCUAUGUUCAAGGUUAUGGUAAUUAAAUUUAAACAUCUCCGCUUAUCGUAAAUGUACUAGCUGUACUCAACCAGGGAAGCUCAUUUAUAAUUCUUGUGACAAGCAUACGCCAUGUAAUUGGAUAUGUAUUCCAAUUCACUUGUGUAAUUGUUAAAUACUGUCAUCUGCUAUUGAGCUCAUCGUUAUCAUGUUCUCUCCA